GUCACACACACAACUAUUGUCUACUAUCCACCACCUGCCUCUCUGUCUCUGUUUCUCUCAGCAAUGGAUAAUCUUCCAAAAUGUGAAGCAAACUAUACUCCUCUUACACCUAUAACUUUCUUGAAGAGAGCUGCCUUCGCUUAUGCCAACCGUGUGUCUGUUAUCCAUGAAUCCACCUUCUUCACCUGGAGUCAGACCUACCAGCGAUGCUGCCGUCUCGCUUCUUCUCUGGUUUCACUCAACAUCGCCAAGAACAAUGUUGUGUCGGUUCUAGCACCGAAUAUUCCUGCCAUGUACGAGAUGCAUUUUGCGGUGCCGAUGGCAGGAGCAGUUCUUAACACAAUCAACACGAGGCUUGAUGCGAAGAACGUGGCGACCAUUCUUCGUCACUCCGAAGCGAAAAUGCUCUUCGUCGAUUACCAAUUCGUACCGGUCGCGCGAGAAGCUCUCGGAAUUUUGAUGGCGGAGUCGGCGAGCACACCGGCGGUGGUUGCCAUUGAUGACAUCAAUUCCCCGACUGGACUAAGACUCGGCGUACACGAGUACGAACAACUCAUCAACAAUGGCGAUCCUAAUUUCGUUGCUCUAGAAAUCGAAGACGAAUGGGAUCCGAUCGCUCUGAACUACACCUCCGGAACGACGUCGGAGCCGAAAGGAGUGGUGUACAGUCACAGAGGAGCUUAUUUGAGCACACUGAGUUUGAUUUUGGGGUGGGAGAUGGGGACCGAAGCUGUUUAUUUGUGGUCCCUACCGAUGUUCCAUUGUAACGGCUGGACCUUCACUUGGGGCGUGGCCGCGCGUGGCGGCACAAACGUCUGUACACGCACCACAACCGCCUUUGACAUGUACCGCAACAUCGCGCUCCACAAGGUCACUCACAUGUGUUGCGCACCAAUCAUCUUCAACAUCCUACUCGACGCCAAACCGGAGGAACGCCGUGAAAUAACCUCUCCGGUUCAAAUCCUAACCGGCGGCGCUCCACCGCCUGCUUCUCUGCUGCAUAAGAUCGAACAGUUAGGCUUCCACGUUACACACGCUUACGGCCUGACUGAAGCAACGGGGCCUGCGCUUGUAUGUGAAUGGCAAGCGAAAUGGAAUCGGUUACCAAUCGAAGAUCAAGCCAAAAUCAAAGCGAGACAAGGCCUCAGCGUGCUCACACUCUCCGAUGUCGACGUAAAGGACGCGGACACAAUGGUGAGUGUGCCUCGCGACGGGAAAACAAUCGGAGAAAUUGUGCUCAAAGGAAGUAGUAUCAUGAAAGGGUACUUGAAAGAUGAAGAAGCGACAGCGAAAGCAUUCAAGAACGGAUGGUUUUUCACCGGCGAUGUUGGGGUGAUUCAUCCGGACGGGUAUCUAGAAAUCAAGGACAGAUCGAAGGAUGUGAUCAUAUCGGGCGGUGAGAACAUAAGCAGUGUAGAAUUGGAGAAUGUGCUUUACAAUCACCCGAGAGUGCUGGAGGCGGCGGUGGUGGCAAUGCCGCACCCACUGUGGGGAGAGAGUCCCUGUGCUUUCAUUGUUGUGAAGAAAAAUCCCACAUCGGGGAAAAUCGAUGAUGUGACAGAAGGUGAGAUUGCUGGUUAUUGCCGCAAAAACUUGCCAGGUUACAUGGUUCCGAAAAAGGUGGUAUUCAUGGCGGAAUUACCCAAAACUUCUACAAAUAAGAUCCAGAAGUUCCAAUUGAAAGCUCUGGCGACAACUUUCGUCGUCUCCGACGACAAGACAUCAAGAUUGCCUCGUCAACAACGACCCAAUCUGCCAUUGUCUCGUCUCUGAAACACUGCUCAAUUCCAAAUAAAACUUGUAAUAUUUCUUCUUCAAAAAAAAAAUUAAAAAUUACUGUCGUUUAAGAAUAAUGUGGAGUUUUUGGAUUAAUUCAGUUUGGCUAUCAUUAUUGUCGACAAAGAAAUGUGUUUUGUUUUGUUCAUUAAAUCAAUGAAGUUUGGUUUAAU